UCCCACGUUGCUAAGCAACCGUACACAAACUAGUCUUGGAAGAUGAAGCAGUCCUAUCGUUAACUUUUUGUUAAACGUCUGCAAUAAUUUCUAAAGGGCAGGUAGUCUAAGCGUCUCGACUCAGCAUCACCAUGCCUAAGAAAGGAGGAAAGGGGAAGCAGGCUGCCAUGACAGAGGAGGAGAAGCUCCUCUACAUGCAGCAAAAAGCCCAGGCGGAGGAGGAGAUGGCCAAACGGAAGGAGGAUAUGCUCACUCAGUUUCUCAAGGAAAAGCUACAGAAGGAGGAGAAGAACAGUGUGGUGAACCUUCACAAGUUGACGCAGCAGUGGAGGACUGUGAUGCGACAGGCCCGUACCACCGAUCUGCGGAGAGACAUCGCCAUCCUCAGCCAGACCUUUGAGAGGGUGCUGGACCGCAAAGACAGUGUCAUCAAGAGUCUGGUGUCUGAUCUGAACGAGGCGGAGCAGCAGUCGUCCCACGCCCUGCGCGCCCACCUGAGCUGUGUGGACCGCAUGCUGGAGCUGCAGAGGAGUCGGCUGGCCGUCCUGGAACUCAAGUGGAUCUCCAGCCUGGAGGAGCUCAUCUCUGAGUACAACACAGUCAGGGAACACCUUCUGAGUAAGCACCAGCAGGACUCGGCGUACAUGGCAGACGUGACCUUUGCCAUGGAGCAGCACUAUAUUGAGCUGGAAAAUGAGGCCAAACAGGACUACCAAAGCAUGAGGGAUGAUAUCAAAAACAGGAACAUCGAGGAGAAGCAUGCUCUGCGUGUGCAGCUGGAGAGUACGGUAGAGGAGCUGUGGGGCCAGUUCCAGCAGGCGCUGCGCACCUACAACGAGGCCACCGAGGACCGCCACAUCGCCUUCGAGGCCCUCCGCACGCGCGACCACAAGUCAGCGCAGGAGAUCGACACGCAGAUGAGACGACUGCAGAAGAUGCAGGACUCCAUUGGGGCUCUGCGUGUGCGUCUGAGCUCUGGGCAGCGAGAGGGGGAGGCUGCGGCGCGGGGGCUGCGCGUGGCCCGGGAGCACGUGACCCACCAGGCCCGGCAGCUGAAGGCCCGGCUCAGCCAGGCCCGCGCCACCGAGCACAACCAGCUGGCCAACCUCACCGUGCACAGCAACGCCGCCACCAAGAAGCUCCAGGCCAUAAUUUCUCAGGGUGAGAAGCUGCUGCGUCUGGCUGAGAUGUGUCGUAAGCUGGAGACGGAGGAGGAGAAGAUCCUGCCCUUCUACGAGUCCAGCCUGGAUGCCCAGGAGCAGGACGUGGACACUAGCCAGGCCUCCGCAACGCCCACAGAGGGACUGGCCAAGGUCAUGCACGACUUUGAGGACCUGGGCCGCUUUUGGCAGCGCUACAACAAGGUGUCUCUAGAGCGCGCUUGCCUGGAACAGGAGCGUGCGGGUCUGAACCAAGAGAACCAGCAGCUGCGCCACCUGCUGCGCCAGUACCUGGAGGGCAUCUCCGUUAGCGACCAGAUCCUGCGCCACCAGAACCCUCUGCUCAUGGUGUCCGCCCAGACGCUGGGCACGCCCGGCCUCUCGGCCACCGGCAGCCAGGCCAGCCAGCAGACGGCCAAGCGUCACAAUGUCAUCGAGGCCGCACACGUGGUGCAGCACACACUGUAGCUAGCAUACACUAACACAGCUGACACCACUCUCACACACACACACACCUACAUGCAUAAGACCACAUACCAACACAACUAUGCAAGCCCUUUGUUUGAUUAUAACAUACAUACUGAUGUUGCCCAUAUACAAAUCAUUCAUCCAUGCAUGCACACACACACACAUACUACCAGUUUAAAACUAUUAUACACUAUAAAAUAACUGAAUAUAAUGAGAGAUUUUAGUGGCUAUUGAUAUACAGUAUAUGGUCUCAAUAAAACAUUAUCUUGUUUAAAUGAAUGAUUAAGAAAUAAUGUAUUAAAAAUAAAUUAUAUUAUUGUGAUUUAUCAUUAUAAUAUUAGUCUUCAAAACAUACUCACAUUCUCACAAAUCUCUCUAUUGACAUGUGAAAAAAAUGUUUUUUUUAAAUGUAAGACCACAACAAUAAAACAUCACAA